ACGCAGAGUACUUCGGAGAGAGGCUGCUGGAAACUCAAUCGUAGAGAUUUGCUGCUCAACCGCCGUCCCAGGAUUACCGGAAGUAUGGCGUACGCAGCAAUGAAACCGACUAAGGCAGGCUUAGAAGAUACGCAAGAGCAAAUUCAUAAGAUCAGGAUUACGCUCUCCUCCAAAAAUGUUAAGAAUCUCGAAAAAGUUUGUGCCGACUUGGUUCGUGGUGCCAAGGACAAGAGGUUGAGGGUCAAAGGACCAGUAAGAAUGCCCACUAAGGUUCUACACAUUACAACCAGAAAAUCUCCAUGCGGUGAAGGUACCAACACCUGGGACAGAUUUGAGCUACGCGUCCACAAGCGAGUUAUUGACCUUUUCAGCUCUGCUGAUGUAGUGAAGCAGAUUACCUCUAUCACCAUUGAACCUGGUGUGGAGGUUGAGGUCACCAUUGCCGAUCAAUGAAUGCACUCUUUUCAUGUUUUGCCUAUUUUUAGUCUCAUUAGACAGUUGUUACUUUUUGAGUCUGGAUCAUACCUGUGAGGGUUUGUGGCGUUUUAAAUGCAAUAGUUGUUCCCAUUAUAUGUUGAAGCUAACGACAUUGAGAGUUUUCUAUUCCUGCCAAAAAAUUUCUUGCGUUAGAACUAUGUUAAUUACAUUAUCUAUGCAGAUUCUGUAUCAACAGCUGUCAUUUGUCCUAA